GGUCACGUGGGGCGGGGCGCGCUCAGUGCGGCUGCGCCGGCCGGUAGCUGCAGCUGGAGCGGUGGCGUUUGGAGCAGACGCGAAACUGGAUGGCUUCUACAGGGAGCCAGGCCUCUGAUAUAGACAAGAUUUUUGGAUUCUUCAAUGAUGGCGAACCCCCCACCAAAAAGCCCAGGAAGCUGCUUCCAAGUCUGAAGACCAAAAAGCCUCGAGAACUUGUGCUGGUGAUUGGAACCGGCAUUAGUGCUGCAGUUGCCCCGCAGGUCCCAGCCCUGAAGUCCUGGAAGGGCUUAAUUCAGGCCUUACUGGAUGCUGCGAUUGAUUUUGAUCUUCUAGAAGACGAGGAAAGCAAGAAGUUUCAGAAGUGUCUCCAUGAAGACAAGAACCUCGUCCAUGUCGCCCACGACCUCAUUCAGAAGCUCUCCCCUCGUACCAGUAAUGUUCGAUCCACAUUUUUCAAAGACUGUUUAUAUGAAGUAUUUGAUGACCUGGAAUCAAAGAUGGAAGAUUCUGGAAAACAGCUCCUUCAGUCUGUUCUCCAUCUGAUGGAAAAUGGAGCCCUAGUAUUAACUACAAAUUUUGAUAAUCUCCUAGAACUAUAUGCAGCUGACCAGGGAAAACAGCUUGAAUCCCUUGACCUUACUGAUGAGAAAAAGGUCCUAGAAUGGGCUCAGGAGAAGAGGAAGCUGAGUGUACUGCACAUCCACGGAGUCUAUACCAAUCCUAGUGGCAUUGUCCUCCACCCAGCUGGAUAUCAGAAUGUGCUCAGGAACACUGAAGUUAUGAGAGAGAUUCAGAAACUCUAUGAAAACAAGUCCUUUCUUUUCUUGGGUUGUGGCUGGACGGUGGAUGACACCACUUUCCAGGCCCUGUUCCUAGAGGCUGUCAAGCAUAAAUCUGACCUGGAACAUUUCAUGUUGGUUCGAAGAGGAGAUGUAGAUGAAUUCAAGAAGCUCCGAGAAAACAUGCUGGACAAGGGGAUUAAGGUCAUCUCCUAUGGAAAUGACUAUGCUGACCUUCCAGAGUAUUUCAAGCGACUGACAUGUGAGAUCUCCACAAGAGGCCGAUCAGCAGGGAUGGCAAGAGAAGGGCAGCUAAAUGGUUCAUCUGCAGCACAUGGUGAAAUAAGAGGCUGUAGUACUUGAGCAAGCUGGAGAAAUCACCAUUAGACCAUGCUGUGGGGCCUUCCUGUGGAUGUGUUAACAAGGCAACUUGCAAAAACUCAGCACAGCUCCCAGGAAGUCCCAAUACCCAGAAGUUGAAGCUUGGAGUAGAGUAGGGGUGGCAGUGCUGCACCUUCCCUUCAUGCUGGCUGUUUCUCGAUACUCUGCUGCCUGGUCCAGUUUAAUACCCAAUGACAUCAGGACCCAAUGCAGCUCCUACCUACCCCAAGGCUGGACAGGCUUAUCUACACAGCAGACCAACGUGAUGACUCUUGGCUACGGCUGCAGCUCUGCAGGACUUGAGGAGCAAGAAGUCAUGGAGUCAGCGGGCUCUUGUUGCAGUUUUGUACUCUACUUGGUUUUUCAAUUGAGCUUAUGGCUUUUUUAAAACAUGACUCGAAGCUCUAGUUUUCUAGAUCUUUUACAGUGUACAGUAUUUUACAUAACUGAGCUGUAUUAAAAGCUUGUUCAUUUACAUGCCAGGGCUCGGGCUCUACUUUGAAGAGUUACCGUUAAACCUGAAACUUGCAUUCUAUUUUCAUCACAGGUAGGGUGAUCUUUCUCAGGACAAGCACUUACUCAAUUCCUUAGAGCACUAUUAGUUCCUAUCAUGCCCUUGCCAAAAAGAAACCCAAGAACUAUAGCUAGUAUGAGUUAGCAUUUUAAUUUUAAAUCCUAUAUAAAAUAAUAUAAACCUAAGAGGCAAUUUCUUUAUGAAAUUUAUUUUCUUAUAUAAAUUACAUAUUUCUCUGGGCAGACAGCCUUCACCUUAUUGCACUAGUAGCACAUCUGUAAUACCAAACUACAGGACAAGUCUCAACAAGAGGUUUGUGUUCUUCAAUGUAGCACUUGUCUACCAGGCACUGUAGAAGAGAAUGAGGAAAAGCCAGAACCUGCUCAGGAGGCGAAGGGUUGGGUGGGGUAUGGAACAACAAUAAUCCCUCUAACAACUGGUUUUCUCCCAGGAAGGUAAACAUGCAAAGCUUCCAUCUGGAUUUUGGGAGCAGGGACAGGUUGGAAGGCAACUCUGCUCCCUUUGUUUCUGAGAGAAGUGGGCACUCGCCUUUCACUCAUUUGUAACAAGGCCUAACUGAUGCUUUGGGGCAACAAUCGGGUGUGGAGUUCAUCACCAGAUUUUUAAUUAGCAGCAAUUAAGAAUAGGCCACCAUCACUGCCACAGUGAGGUGGCUGUCAUCCUGGCACCAGGGACCCAGAAGCUGUAGUCUAGAUAGGUGCCAUUAAGAUCCAGAGCUGGCUCCAGAAGUAACCCAUUAGAGCUGGGACCUCAAAUUGCUCCUCAUCUCACCAUGGCUCUGCGAUCACUCUAGUUAGCAACACUCCAGCUGUUGGGUUUUCCAACCACUGGUCAAAGCUAGGAUAUGGAGUCUUCGGAGUCUGUAGGCAGAGUGAAGGGAUGCCUGAGUAGGAAGAGGGAGGGUCGCUGGGCAGUGAUUGUAACAUGAUUAGGCCCUCCUUGCAGGAGGAGGUAGGGUUGAACAAAGGGCUGGGUUAGAAGGAGCAGCAAGUCUCCAAAGCUCCCCGACUGCCCUUGUACUACACUGAAGACAAGCCGCUCACAUACUCUAAAGCACAUUCUUGAUACAGGAAUAGGGACUCGGGGCGAGCAAGCGGCGAUUUGGUAUUAGGCAAGAGCCACAUUAAGCCUUCAUGAGGGCAGCCACCACAGCCUUGGCAUUGAGACUGCGUAGGUCACAGUAUGUCUGGCCAGUACCCACAAAGACGAUGGGUUUGCUCGUGAUGUAUGUCAUAGAAAUAGCAGCUCCCACCUGAAGAGAAAAAAGAUGGCCAAUCAACUCAAGCCCAGUUUCACUCAACGUCUCCGUUUCAGACAUCUUUCCCAGUCAUCCACUUUUACCUUGUCAUCAAUGGUGUCAAAUUUGGUAAGAACAAUGCCAUCAAUGAGCCGAGGUGUCUGAGCCAUAGAAUGGUCAGCCAAGGCUCUGUUGAACUUGACCAGCUGGUCCACUGCUUCGUUGCCUACUAAGGCCUCCCCCACAAACAGCACCAAGUCAGGUGUAUUGACAGUGAUGAGCUUGGCCAGGGCAGUCAUCAGAGGGGCAUUGUCCUGCAUGCGGCCAGCAGUAUCCACCAGCACCACAUCAAAGCCUUGGUUACGUGCUAGAGAGAGAAAAACAGUCAACUCCAAGCAUGUCAGUCUCACUCAUACUCACUAUCAACUUCUCAAGAUUUCCUACCCUGGCUAUGUGGAAAGUCACCCAACUGUCAUUCCUGGUCACUGCCAGCUUCCUAAGAUGUCCAAGUGUGGCUUAUUUGAAAAGCCUACCCUGUUUACACCCAGACUCUGGAUUUGGUUGCAAGGUAAUGUAAGGAAAAACCUGUCCUAUUCUUGGCCACUACCAAAACCGUUCAGGGAAAAAGACAGAAGUAGGGAAAAUAUCAUUGUCAGGUCUACAGUCAGGAGACAAAAGCUUUUCCUUUAACUACACACAUUACCACCCAUACAAGUAAUUUAUCACGACUUCUCUAGUAACCACAUGGUAAGUUUAUAACAGCCUAAGUCUGCAAAUUUCCAGGGACAAGGACACCACAAGCCCCUUGGUCCCCACACUGUACCAAAGGCAAUGGCUUCCAUGGCAAUGCCUGCAGCGUCCUUGCCAUAGCCUUUUUCAAACAACUGCACCAUCGUUCGGCCACCAUGCUUCUCCGGGGGAUGGAGGGCAGUCAGGCGCCGGGUAUGUGUACGAAGCUGCUCAACAGCCCCAGCCCGAAAUGUGUCACAGGCAGCAAUAAGGACACUAAAGCCAUUCUCUAAAAGCCAAAAGGAAAUCUGCGAAAAAGUUAAAGACAACUGUCACACAGAACCGAGACUCUGAAGCAAAGGGAAAAGCAGGCUGUGGACCUGAGCUGACCUUGGCGAGAUUCGUAGACUUGCCCACUCCAUUAACACCACAGAAGGUCACAACGUAAGGGCGCUGGCGACGCUGGGCAUCCAUGAUAUCCCGGAGCAUGUCUACGCGCCGCUGUGGCUGCAGGAUCUGCACCAGAGACUCCUGUAGAGCUUGCUUGACUGUCGAGGUCACAGCUUAAAAGGGAGAUGGAGGGGCUUAGUCAUAAAAUCAAGUACGCUUGAUAUCCAACAUCUGUCUGAUCUAAUGAAAUUAAGACUAUACUAGAUUUUUUCCCAGAAUUCAGAUCACAUUGUUCUAUUACCUUAUUAUCUCAAUUAACUGUCCUGUUAAGUCCUAAAGGCUGUUCUGUCAUAGAGGCUUAGAAAUUAAAGAUGUUUGCCAAAAGGCACACACCUAA